AUGUUUAGACAGAGUAAAAAGAGAGUGGCAGCUCGGAAGAACUUCGGCUCCCUUAAUAAUGAUAGUGUUGAUGGCACCAGUCAGUUUAUUCUGGGGUCUUCGACAACUGAGCAGGAGAGAAAACUAUAUGAGAGCCUAUACGCAUCAAAACUUUCAUUCUACGAUUUGCCUCCAAGUGGAGAAAUAACUUUAGAUCAGUUCGAAACAUGGGCAAUUGAUCGACUAAAGAUACUGCUAGAGAUAGAGUCCGGCAUAUCAAGAAACAAGAACGUGAAAGAGAUCGAGAAGAUUAUCAAACCGCAAUUUGAUAAACUACUGCCGUUCAAUAAUGAUAAUUUUGAAGACAAAAAAAAAGACUACUACUCGCAUUUCAUUCUAAGAUUAUGUUUCUGUAGGUCAAAAGAACUGAGGGAAAAGUUUGUUAGAGCUGAAACUUUGUUAUUUAAGAUACGAUUCGGUAUACUGACCUCAUACGACCAAAUAAAAUUUGUUCAAUCUUUAAACCUGCCCAUGCUACAAUUUAUUACUGAAGAAGAGAAGAAUGAAAUCUCAAAACAAUUAUACCAAACAGUGUCGUCACAGUUACAGUUCCAGCUAAAUUUGACAGACGAAAACACGAGGAUGCAAUUUUUCAAGCAAGAAAGAUUUAUCAAGCUUCCUUUCGAAAACGUUAUAGAAUUAGUUGGUAAUAGGCAGGUUUUCUUAAAAAAUGGUCUUGCCUAUCUGCCACAGUUUCAACAAUUGAACUUGAUUGCAAAUCAAUUUUCAAAUAAAUUAUCAGAUGAAUUAUUAAGGACAUACAAAUAUCUGCCUCAUUUGAAUGAGGAUGACAGAUUAUUGCCAAUACUGCAUCAUUUGUCUUCUGGUUACACAAUUUCAGAUUUUCAACAGCAACCAGAUGCGAAUGCAAAUGGAAAUGGAGAAAUUAAUGCAAAUUCUGUAUACACUGAGGAAAUUCUUUCCAAUUUCCCCUUGUGCACUAAAAAUCUCUUCAAUGCUCUGAAAGAAAAUCAUCAUUUGAGGUAUACAGGUCGUCAACAACUGAGUUUAUUUCUUAAGGGUAUUGGUUUAAGCGCUGAUGAAGCUUUACAGUUUUGGCAAGACGCUUUUACAAGAGAUGGUCAUAUUUCUGUUGAAAAGUAUGACAAAGAAUACAAAUACAAUUUUAGGCAUAAUUAUGGGCUACAAGGUAGUAGAAUUAAUUAUAAGCCUUGGGACUGUCGAACAAUUUUGUCUAAACCAAGACCCGCCCGAGGCGAAUACCACGGUUGUCCUUAUAGAGAUUGGAAUGCUGAUAAAUUGGCUUCUGAGCUUCAAUCAAUGAAUUUGUCAUCCGGUCAAAUUACUAGCGUACUGGAUUCUUGUGAAAAGAGUGAAUUUACGGUUGCGUGUACAAAAACUUUUGAGUUCACACACAAGGAUCAGGAUACAUUCAAUGGUGAAGUUACUGACCAGAGCCAUAUUGCCCACCCCAAUUUGUACUUUGAAAAAUCUAGACAAUUACAGAAAAAAAAAGAAAACGCUGCACAACAGAAUCAACAGAUAGCUAUAAAAUGA